GAGGUCCCGAGCGGGGUUUUUUGGGGGGGGGGGCGGUUUCCCUCCGCGGCGCGAUGGGGCCGGAGCAGCUGUCGCGCCUCCUGCGGGCCCACAACGUCAGCCGCCAGCAGUUCAUCGGGCUGUACGGCCUGCGCCCCCUGGUGGCCGUCCCCGACCUGCCCCUGCGCGCCAAACUGGCCUUCGGCCUCAGCUGCGCCCUCAUCUUCGCCCUGGCGCUCGGCGGGAACGCCCUGGUGCUCUACGUCGUCACCCGCCGCAAGGCCAUGCGGACCGUCACCAACGUCUUCAUCUGCUCCCUGGCCCUCAGCGACCUGCUCGUCACCUUCUUCUGCGUCCCCUUCACCCUGCUCCAGAACAUCUCCAACAACUGGCUGGGAGGGGCAUUUGCUUGCAAGAUGGUCCCAUUUGUCCAGUGUACUGCUAUUGUGACUGAGAUUCUCACUAUGACCUGCAUUGCAGUGGAAAGACAUCAAGGAAUUGUUCAUCCUUUAAAAAUGAAAUGGCAAUACACCAACCGGAGAGCCUUCACAAUGCUAGGUGCAGUCUGGCUGGUGGCAAUUAUCGUUGGAUCUCCCAUGUGGUAUGUGCAGAGGCUGGAGAUUAAGUAUGACUUUUUAUAUGAAAAAGAAUAUGUGUGCUGUUUGGAAGAAUGGACCAGUCCUGUUCAUCAGAAGAUAUAUACUACUUUUAUCCUUGUCAUACUCUUCCUCCUUCCUCUUGUGUUGAUGCUUUUGCUGUAUAGUAAAAUUGGUUAUGAACUCUGGGUAAAGAAAAGAGUGGGAGAUGCCUCGGUACUUCAAACUAUCCAUGGAAAUGAAAUGUCUAAAAUAUCCAGGAAGAAGAAGCGAGCGAUUGUGAUGAUGGUAACCGUGGUGGUGCUGUUUGCGGUGGGCUGGGCUCCUUUCCAUGUUGUUCACAUGAUGAUUGAAUACAAUAAUUUGGAAAAUGAAUAUGAUGAUGUUACAAUCAAGAUGAUUUUUGGCAUUGUGCAAAUCAUUGGAUUUUCCAAUUCCAUCUGUAAUCCCAUUGUUUAUGCAUUUAUGAAUGAAAACUUCAAAAAAAAUUUCCUAUCUGCAAUAUGUUUUUGCAUUGUGAAAGAAGACCAAUUUCCGACAAGAAGACUUGGAAAUAAGGGAAUUAAUGUGAUGCAGCAGAAGGCUAGCUAUUCCAGGAAGCAGAACUCUGAAGAGGAGUCCGGAAGAGAAACAUUUAGUGAUGGCAAUACUGACGUCAAACUACAACUGCAGGAUGAUGAGCUCUGAGCUGUCAUUCGUGAUUCAGAAAAGAGCUUUUAGAGUCAUUGUCAAAUUUUCCUUCAAACCAUUAGCCUAGUGGGAAGCAGCAGGCAAAAAGACUGAUAAAAUGAUGGGUGUUAUUGAUAUUGAAGGGAAUCAUUGCUACUGAAGGGAGUUGGAAACAAAGGAUAGUUUUCCUCUACAUAAAACCAUGCUAUAGUCUCACCUGGAAUACCCUAUGCAGUUUAGUGGCCAUAGUGUAGAAAGGAAAUAAUAGAGAUGGUAAGGGUAGAGAAGGGCUUUUAAAUGGAAUCUCUUCUUUAAGGAUGGACUGAAAUGACUAGGAAUCUUCAGCUGGGAAAUACAAAGGCAAAGUGGGGACCUGAUAGAAGUUUACAAAAUUGCAAGGGAUGUGAACAGGGCAAGGUCCCUCACGUGACUGAGAGGCCUUUAUUGAAGUUUGAAGGUGGUAGUUUUCAAGUUAAAAGAAACUACUUUUUGAUGCAGAUGGUAAGCAUAUAGAACUUGUUUCCAGGGAAAGAAUAUACUGAGGAAGCAUUUGGAUGAAUCAUAAGGGAAAGAAUAUACUGAGAAAGCAUUUGGAUGAAUCAUAAGUAUAAGCUCCUUCAAGAUGGGCAUCCAUUGCACUGUUAUUCCAAACUCCUUUGGUGCCACAAUUGAAGGCAAAAUCCCGAGCUAAAUAUAUUGAUCUGGCUUUUUUUGUGUGUGUGUUCUAGCAGCUAAUGACAAACUCCCACUAAAGUAUAUCUUUUCCUCUGUUGUUUGAAACUCUGAGCAAUACACAUUAGAAAAAAGACAUUAAUUUCAUUAUAGCAAAUUUGGCUUGUUUCAUUAGGGCAUUAGAUAUAUUUGCAUAUUCCAACUUUUUGAUAUUGAAAUAAUGAGAGAAAUGAUAAACUGUAAUGAUUGAUUUCCCAAAAUGUCUCCAUAGAUGAUAAUUUAAGACUGUGCUCUUCAUAGAGAAUUGAUAAACUCUGCUUGUGUAUUCAGUUGGAAAGCAGUGUUUAUUCUGUGUUUCUUAACCUGAGAGUAUGAUUCCCUGUGAGACCCUCAAGAAGGCUUCUGGGUAAAAACUCAGGGAAGACCUCUGGUCCAACUUGAUUAAAAUAUCUUCCUUCCACCACUUACAAUCUCAAAAUCAAAGAGUUUGCUCUUCCAACCCUCUGGGUCCUUGUUCUGUUCUUUUAAACUCUUAUUUAGGCUGGUAGCAACAGAUAUUGUUUAGAAAUGAUUGUGCUUAUUUAGCCUGUUUGUUUCAUCAUUUUGGAGGUACACUCAUGAAGCCACAGUGUGACUAGGGGGUGUCUGAGUUGUUCCAUUUAACAAAACAGCAAAAACUAGGAACCCCAAAAGAGAACUUGACAUGUUCUGUUAUGGCAUUAUGUUUUGUUAAUUAUAUUUGAUCUGGUAGGAUAUCCAAUUUUAAAAAUAAACAGUGGUGACAAAGAUGAUUCACUGCA